GGCUGUGCCCUUGGACACUUGAGGUCUGGAAGAUAUAGCUGUACUAAGUUGCUGUGACUUUAGGCAGAGUUCUGUGUGACCUGUCACACCCUCUCCUGUCAUCACCCUUGAGGUCAUUGGACAGUUACCUGGGCUCCUGCCAGAGCCAGCCCCUUAGGGAGAUAUAGGAGAUAUGAAGGGUGGCUGAUGUGAGGUUAAGACCCCAGGAACAAUGUUUUGUAAGAGGGAAUGCCAGGGAUCAUCUAUUCCCACCUUCAUUUCUAGAUAAAGAAAUCGAGGUUCAAAACCCAUAGUAUUCCCAUAUAGCAGAUGCUCAAAUAAUUGUCAAAUAAGUUCAAGGGCUACAACCAGCACCUCUGACUCAGGCACAAGCUUCUGUACACACAGCCUCCCUCAGACCAAGAAAAGUGGUGAUGAGGCUCUUAUACCCUGAAGACAAGAAAAAAGUAGAAGGACUCUGGCUAAGACAUCAAUGAAUACACAUAAGGCAUGGGAGGCCCCUCCAAGAGAAAGUGCCCAAGACAAAGAAAUAUCAUGCCUGGUAGUUUCUGGUGGUCUUUAGGAUCUGCGUAGAAGCCCUUUGAACCCUGAUGACCCAAUCUCGUGCAAUACAUGUUUUCUCAACUCCUGACUUCCGUUGUGGUUUGCUGAUGUUUUCUUUUUUGGUCUAAGACUAGCAAGCAAAUAAGAGGGGCAGUCAUUUCCUCAUUUUCAAGUCUUCAUCCCCACAUGGGCCAGAAAUCUCUUUCAAACCCCAGAUUGUGACAGUUCCUGGGUGAGCAGUGGAUCUUUGUCCCCCGCUCCUGAGGCUCUUGAAUGGGACCUUGUCCUGGAAGGAGCCAUGGACCUCUGGCUUUGGUUAAUUUACUUCCUGCCCACAGUAUCUGGAGCCCUGGUGCUCCCAGAAGUCAAGCUGGAGGGGAUGCUGGGCGGAUCUAUUACCAUUGAGUGCCCACUUCCUGAAACGUAUACGAGAGUGUAUCUGUGCCGCGAGAUAGACAAAUCUGAAGCGUGUUUCACCGUGGUGUCCAGCAAGCGCUUUGUCAGGAAGGAAUACAAGCACCGCAUCACCCUGACGCCGUAUCCAGACCAGAACCUGUUCCUAGUGGAGUUGACAGAGCUGACCCAGAGUGACAGCGGAGUCUAUGCCUGUGGGACAGGCUCGAACACAGACCGGGGCAAGACCCAGAAAGUCACCCUGGAUGUCCACAGUGUGCCCUCACCAGCUCCAAUGACAGAGGCCCCUCCAGCACACCACUCCUCCCCCACCACCCCAGCCACCCACCGCCCUCGAGUUCCCAGGUCAUCGGCAGUGGCGGCGGCCAAGCCCACAACCCGCCUGCCAUCCACCACAAGCUCAAAGACCUCAGCACCGGAGAGGCUGCUCAGGCCCCCGACAGCCAGCUACAACCAGCACACCAGGCUUCACAGGCAGAGAGCCUCCCACCACGGCCCGGCGUCCCGAAUGGAAGACCAGGGGUUUCACCUCCUGAUCCCCACCUUCCUGAGCCUUAUCCUGCUGUCCCUUCUGGGGCUGCUGGUGACCAGGAUCAUUCAGAGGAAGAAAGGUGAGCGGUCGGGCUGGGUUAGAGGGAACUGUGACCUGGAGGCACCAACCCUCGGCCCCGGAGCGUCGGCGCCGCCCGCCCCGCCGCAGGCGCGCCCUGCCCCGGCCCAGACCCCCUACUGGGAUGUGCCCACAACCAAGGUGUCGGAAGCUCCCUGGCCCCACGUGCCGUCUCUGAAGACCAGCUGUGAAUAUAUGAGCGUUUACCACCAGCCUGCCGCCAUGAUGGAGGAUGCUGAUUCAGACGAAUACGUUAAUAUCUACUGCCUGACUCCCCCCUCCAGCUGUCCCCCUGGGCCCAGGCCUCUGCGCCAAUGAGUCUGGUUUGUCUGCUGGUUUCCAACACCCGCUUCGUCUGCUUUUAGAGCCCCUCGUGACGUCCCACAUCCCACCUUCCAUCCCGUCUCUGCCUCAUUGCCCUGAGCAUAGCUAGCUCAGUUCCCAUGGCUCUUCUGCACACCUUUGCAAACCCCUGUGGCCUUCGGGUGGCUUCUGGCCAUGCAGGGCAUUUGUCCCGAUGCCACCUGCUUCCCUUUCAAGCCCUGUAACAGGCUGUGGGAUUUACAGACUCUCUUGGAUCACAGGGUUUUUGCUGCCUCAGCUCUAGACCAGGCGGCAUCAGGCUGGAGCACAGGCAUAGCUGUUGCUUCUGGAACCCUUCCCAGGCCUGGGCCUCAUACCAGUAGAAGAUCCCUGGACUGUAACGUGAGGUUAUGCCUCAGCCCUGUGAGCUAGGAAGGGGCCUGGUAUGAAACGGCCCUGGCAACAUCUUGCCAUGGUCUUAAUUAAGGGUGGCACUUACUAGUGAGCUUUACUCAUCUUGUGUCCUAUGACAGGGUAAUUAAUUUUGAUGUGAUGAAGGAUUCUAAAUUUUCAGAACCAUAUAUAGUUCCCUGUGUCCCUAAAUCUUCUUUAAGUCUCCCUUCCUUGAUGCUCAUAAGGAUCCUAACCCUAGCAUUUCCCCUCUGUUAAAUAUAGUUUUUGUCACUUCUAGAGGACUUUAAGGGAGAGAUUGACAACAAUACAGUCAUAGUAGGAGACUUUGACACCGCUGACGUCACUGGAUAGAUCUUCCAGACAAAAAAUUAACAAAGGAAACAGUCACUCUAAAGGACACACAGGCCCUGACCGGUUUGGCUCAGUGGAUAGAGCGUCAGCCUGCGGACUGAAGGGUCCUGGGUUCGAUUCCAGUCAAGGGCAUGUACCUUGGUUGCAGGCACAUCCCCAGUAGGGGUGUGCAGGA